CUAUCAUCAACCCCAAAAAGAUUGUAUCGUGUGAAUGAGUCGAAAUGAUGAUAGUCGCGAGGACGAGAAGAAUACGUCUUGGAAAAACUAUAUAAGAGCACAUCGAGACCGCAACUAUUGUAUUCCACCACACAAGCCAUCGCAGCAUCCGCUCACUACUCAACACAAUCUUGACAAAAACCUUCAACCCGCAACAAUGCAGUUCUUCAUCCAAUCCACUCUCCUCGCGGCCAUGUUCGCCACCGCAACACUCGCUCAGCCCACUGGAUCCGACAGCGUCAGUGCAGCCGCCUCCGACCUCAUCACCGUCUGCAAAGACACCAACUUCAAUAACUGCAAGAACUUCAGCGGCGAGGUCAAUAAAUGCUACGAUCUUCCUUCUGAAUGGAACGAUGUUGCCUCUUCUGUCCGUGCUUGGCCCGGCCGCUGGUGCUAUAUUUACAAGGAUUUCGCGUGCGGUGGGUUCAGGGGCGGACCCAUCCAGGACGAUAAUGCGCACAGUGACCUCGGACGAACUGGAUGGAGCGAUUGGACCAGCUCUUAUAUGUGCUUCAACAAAUAGGAGACUUUAUCCAUCGAUGAAGGGAUGGAUUCUAGAUAGACCAUCAGCAUCAUUAGAUUGACAUUUGGGGGCGUGAAGGUUGUUGAGAGUGACAGGUUGCAAGACGUUGCUUCCCGGCGGUCGGCUUUCCUUAGUUCUUUUUUCUUGCUUUUAUAGAUCACAGUCUUUACCGAUUUCAGUAAUUCUGGCCAGACUACCAUAUAAAAUAGACUUGCUGUUUUGCAGAGAUUCGUUCCGAAAGGAGGUGUAUCAUGCAGCGCUACGUGAAAUAUGGGUGCGACUCCGUAGGAUUUCCAUCUAGUAGAUCUGGAAUAUGCCUCUGUAGGCAAAAUAUACGAAACCGCCACUCAUAUUUCAGCCUAACUAUCUGAAAAUCGACUCAUUCGAUGCAGCUCAUAGAAUCGAGGUGCCUAUGAGAUUAUAUUGAAGAAAGAAAAAUUUAGCAGCAACCUGCAAACGUGGAGUUUAUACGUGCAACAGCCUAGAAGUACACAGCGGAGUUAAUACCGUUCUACAGUGGAAAUUGUAAUGGAUGUGGAUUGGAUAGACUGUACAUGUAGAAGUUGUCGUUUUAAAAAUCGCACAUCUGUCUGUCCUCAUGUACGCGAGUGAUUUUAUUCCACAGAGAAGGAGAUAGACAACGGUAGUGAUGAUGCUAAGUACUAUUUGCAUUACUAAUCCAGUGUAACUAAUCAAGUAUAUAAAUCCCCGCUCUUUCCUUGUUUCCUUCUUUCUUUCCUCUCUACACAGCGCACAUCUGUGUUGUAAGGGAACUCUAAACUCAACCGGAUCCAAUUUGCAUGGGGAGGAGAAGGAGAGGUUCGGGCCCUAGAAUAAUAGCCUAACACAUGUGUUUAGUAUUAAAUCGUUUUUUGAAACAGACAACCGCGAUAAUGAUAAUAAUAAGCCUUACUAUCAUUUUAGUCACCAACUAGUGUAGUGCUAUGAGAACUAUAUAAACCCUCUUCUUUCCUUGUUUCUUCUUCUUUUCUCUCUCUACAACGUAUAUGUACGUUCUUAAAGGAGGUUUCUAAACCAAAUGAGCAAAAAGUUCAU